UUUGGGAAAUGAGAAACAAUCUAUCAUCACACCCAUUCUAAUGUGUGGUGUCUUGGAUCUGGGCUAUAUAAGGAGAGGUGCAGAGGGCUUAGGGCAGUCAGACUUUCUCCUCUGCAGUAGAAGGUUACAUUCAUGGGAAGAUCAGUGUUUACCGUGUUACAGACAGUGGCUGCUUUUGCUAUUUGUAUAGCAGCCCCUACUACAAGUCCAGAUGUCACUCUGUCUUCAGAUGACCUACAGGCCAGAGCUAAGGCCUAUCUAUCCCAGUUUUACUCGGUUGCUGGAUCCACCAACUCCAUCAUGUCCAGGCGAGUGAUGAUGGACACCCCAGUGAACUCAUUUGAGAGAGACCUGAGGAGCAUGCAGGACUUCUUUGGGCUGGAGGUAACAGGCAGGCUGGACCCGAACACCCUGGAGGUGAUGGCCAAGCCCCGAUGUGGGGUCACAGACGUGGCCCGCUACGGACAUUUCCAGGGCAAGCCCCGCUGGAAGCAGAGCAUCGUCACUUACAGAAUUACUGAGUACACGCAUGACCUGAGUCGACGUGAGGUAGACUCCACCAUCGCCCAGGCCUUCAAGCUCUACAGCGACAUCAUCCCACUGGACUUCAAGCAGAUCUACAGUGACACCGCUGACAUCAUGAUCCUGUUUGGAGCCAAAUACCACGGUGACUUCUACCCCUUCGAUGGGCCGAAUGGUGUCUUGGCCCAUGCAAACUCUCCAGGAGAAGGCGAAGGUGGUGACACACACUUUGAUGAAGAUGAGUCUUGGACUCUGAGCCAGAGAGGGAUAAACCUGCUUCUGGUGGCGGCCCAUGAGUUUGGCCAUGCUCUUGGAUUGGCCCACUCACGAGACAGCUCAGCUCUGAUGUACCCCACAUAUCACUUUGUGAACACAAAAGGAUACAGGCUACCUGCAGACGACAGGCGGGGAGUACAGGCCUUGUACGGUGUCCGGACAACACCAGGUCAGCCGGAACCAACAAGACCCAAGCCUAAACCAAAGCCCAAACCAGAACCUAGACCAAACCCUCCAGAAAGAUGCAACAGGAACCUUGUCUUUGAUGCUGCCAGUACCAUUCGGAAUGAGCUGUACUUCUUCAAAGAUGGGUAUUACUGGAAGAAGAGUGGCUAUUGGAAUGGAGUAAUGACGAAGACAGUGAAGGGAACCUGGCCUAGCAUUAGCCAUGUUGAUGCUGCAUAUGAAUACAAGGGUCGAGACAUCACCUUACUAUUUGAAGGAAGAAGGUACUGGGGCACCAGAGGCCUUGCUGUCCUAUCAGGUUAUCCCAAAUCCAUAUACAACUUUGGCUUCCCCUCAUACGUAACCAAGAUAGACUCUGCAGUUCAUGUGGCAUCCACAGGGAAAACCCUAUUCUUUGUGGGAAACAAAUACUGGAGCUUCAAUGAAAGGAUGAGCACAAUGGACCGUGGCUACCCCAGGAGCAUCUCCCAGGAUUUCCAUGGUAUUGGCAGGAAAGUUGAUGCUGCUUUUGAAAACCAUGGUUACCUGUACUUUUCAGAUGGCCCCAGGCAAACCGAAUACCACUAUCCAUCAAAGAAGGUGAACCGUGUCUUGUUGAACUAUGGAUGGCUGGACUGCUACUAAAAAGAGAAUCAUUCAUCAUUUUCAGCUGUACAAAGUAUUUAUGUUGUCAUCAAGAGCUGUGACUACACCCAAUUAGCAAUAUAGUAUUUUUCUAGAUAUAUGCACUUUCAAAGAUGACUUUACUGAUACCAGUUUUUGAACAAGUGCUCAAUUUCAUCAGAGAACAUUAUCAGGAUGAGACCCAGAUGCAGAAACAGGAGGCAGAUGGUUGAAGUCUUAUAAUGUUUAAUAAUCUAAAAGGUGUAGGCAAGAGAAUGGUCAUGGACAGGCAAAAGGUCAAAACCAGGAGUCCAGGAGGUACAGAGUGGCAGAAAGGCUCAUGGCCAAGGCAGGCAGAAUGGUCCGGUAGGCGGAUACAGAGUCUAGAACAGGCAAGGGUCAAAACCAGGAGGACUAGAAAAAAGAGAAUCACAAAGGCAGGCGUACAGUGAAAAAAACACGGGUUUUCUUGGAACAUAGAAGACGAACUGACACAGAAAACACAGGGAUAAAUACAUUGUGGAAAACAAGAGACACCUGGAGGGGGUGGAGACAAUAACGAGAACAGGUGAAACUGAUCAGGGUGUGACAACAUGUCUGAAUUUAUUGAAAUAUGUUGAAAAUAUCUUUCUACAACUUGGGAGUGCAUGGAGUUUAUUGAGGAAUAUGUGACAGACACAGUCUAUUUCAUAUAUUCAUAGUGCAUUUGCUAUGAACAAUUGUUAUUGGAAAUUAUGGGAAAUUACUAUCCUUCUUUGCGGAGGAUUUGAAUGGGUGAGGGAAGCCUAGAUCUAGAACAUUUCACAUUAAUUUAAACUAUGUGACUACGUCAUUAAAACUAUCAUGUAUUUUUUUACUGAAAGAUACUGUUGUAAACAGGCCUUCAGGCAGGGAAUCUACAACAGUUUGUAAAAUGGUGGACGCAUUCAAACUAGAAUUUCUGUCUAUGGCGCUUCCUCACUCUCCAACCCAUGGAAAUAUAAUACAUGUGCUUGACUUGUGGAGCAAACUGACAUGAAUAGAACAUUUAGCAACUCUUUAUUGCUUCUUUAUUGUUGUUAAACCAACAAGUUUAGUCCAACUGGCCUUUGGCCUUCCUAAGGGUCUUUACUGACUGACCUAUGAAAGAUAAUUUUAUAUGUUUUCAAAAUGGGACCAAUCACAAUAUUGACAAUCUAUCGGUCAGUUCAAAAACCCAUUGCCCAGAUUUUUGAUCCUUCAUGUCUGUUGUAAACCCUGAUGGGGGCCCAAAGGUGUUGAUAGCCUAACAAUGAAGAAAACAAUUUUAUCUAGGCCCUACUUCCACUGUCUUCGAGUUGCUGAAUUUUCUUCACUGCUGUCUAUAGUUGGGAAGAACUUUUGAUAGCUUUUGAUAAACAUUCGGAUGAGGAUUGUAACUCUUUGAGCGGAGUGGCAGAUUCAAGAUCAUCUCUCUCGGGGGCCAAGGAGCUGUGACUUGUCUAUAACUCUGCACGGAUCAUACAGGGCACCUUUUUUUAUCCGCACCUGGUUAGCUAAAAAAAAUACAAAUUAUAAUAUUUUUUGUUGUUGCCUGUUUUGCAUGUUAUUUUGGCAUUAAUACGUGUGUCACACAUCAGUUUGCAAACAA